AUGUCUUUAUUUAAAAGAAGUAAAAGCGACACGCUUACGGAAUAUACAUGCAGCAUACGUUUUUUGGACGAUACUGAAUCGAUUCAGUUGACUUUCAAGAAAGACACGUUAGGGCAAUGGUUGUUUGAUCGAGUAUGUGAAAAGUUAAACCUUGUUGAAAAGGACUAUUUCGGACUUCGCUAUGUCGAUGCAGAAAAUCAGCGGCACUGGCUUGAUCCACUCAAAACUGUUUAUAAACAGUUAAAAGGACUCAGCAAAAUGGUUUUGUGUUUCCGGGUCAAGUUUUAUCCAGAAGAUCCCAUGAAACUGCAUGAAGAGAUUACAAGGUAUUACCUGUUCUUGCAGCUACGCAGAGAUCUUCACCAUGGACGGCUUCUGUGUCCUCAUGAUGAGUCUAUUCAGCUGGCAGCCUACAUCAUACAGUCGGAAGUUGGAGAUUAUGACCCUCAGGAUCAUCCUGUAGGCUAUGUGACCAAUUUCAAAAUGUUGCCCAAGCAGACGCCCAAACAUGAGGAGAAGAUCAUGGAGGCUCACAAGGCCUUGUGUGGUGAAGUCCCAUCAGAGUGUGAAGCAAACUUUCUCAAGAAGGCUGCCAGCAUGGACACAUAUGGUGUGGACCCUCACCAAGUGAAGGAUCAGAAAGGAGAUCCCCUGUACCUAGGGGUGACUCAUUUGGGCAUAAUGACCUUCCGUGGAAGCAGGCGGACUCAGCUGUUCAAGUGGAACCAGAUCAGAAGAAUUGCUUAUGAAGGCAAAAUGUUUAUCAUUAACCACACUAAUUCUGAG